AUGACUACCGGAGUCGAACAUUACAACUUGCCCGAGAUGGAUCAACAGAUGGAGGAUCUCAUUGAUGCAUUCGAGGCACAUCCCCAAGUGCAACCACCAAGCCCACACCCAACAGCUUUCUUCCUCCUCGACUUCAUCCGCAACUCGCACAAGAUGCUGAAGGCAGUUGAUCACUCAAAGUACGCUUCCGGUGAUAGACCUGCCGCUGAGACUGUCCAAGAGGUCGUUGGCCGUAACCAGUUCUCCAAUCUUCUUUUGAACGAUGUAUCCGGCAAGCUGUCGCUCAUGACUGGCAGCGACCCGUCGAAUCCAAUCGAUUUCGGACCUCACAUUAAGGAGAAGGCACGAGUCCUGACUGAGUACUAA